CACGAACCCACCACAUUGCACCCGUCAUGCUGGCGUGCACCUUCCGGCGUGUGCUCCUCGCCGGUGGCCUCGCGUGCAUCGUGGCAUGCGCUGCGCUCAUCACGUAUCUGGACGAAUCCUCGUACUUCGCGACGUCGCUGCGCAAGUUUCGCACAAAGCGCGAGACCGAGUGGUUGCCGCACCACUUGACCAACUUUAGCCGCGCCGCCGUCCUCUUCUUGCCAGCCAGCAACGACAACGCGCGGUUCCUCUCCGAGUUUCGCUGGUUCCACCGCAGCUGGCUCGAGAUGAAAAAGCACGAACCCGCGUUGUGGCGCACCGACAUUGUGGUCUUUAGCGACGCGACAGUACCUUUGCUGGCGGAACUCGGGUGCACGGACUCGCCUCGCAGCUCCAACUCGGAGCCCAACAAGUGCGUCGCAGUUCAAAACUACACCAAACUCCAAAACGAAAACUUCACCUACGCCUACGCCGACUCGGUCAACGUCCUCGCUGUCGACUUGCCCGCGACCGCCAACUACGACUGGAUUCUCCGCACCGACAUUGACACGUUCCUCACACCAGCGUUUGCCACGUGGAAGCCCGACUCGUUCGCCGUUGGCCGUGGCGCCUACUGCGGACCCGGCACUUGCGACCGCCUCGCGCGCAUCAGCCGCGACCUCAACCUGACCGAAGCUACCCAGCACAACAUUGGCUCGACGUGGUAUGGCCCUGCGACGACGCUCAAGGAGUGCGCCAAGCUCAGCGUCGAGACGAUGAUGUACCUGCGCGACCGCGAGUUUACGGACGAAGAGAAGAGCGUGGCGUACGGCGUUCAAGGCUGGCCCAAGUGGCACUACGGAGUCUUGACCAUGUACAGCGGCGACAUUGCGAUCAACCACUGCACGCGGGCGAUGGGGUUCGAAACGCGUACCGAUAUGCUCGACUUUCCGUCGUCGUCGUCCGAGUCGCCAAUGGAGCACGCGCAUCUGCACACGUGGCAGAACGACGAGCGCUCGCGGACUUGGACCUGA